UCACUCCUUUCUGCUCCGGCGUCUAUAAAGUUUUGUGAAGGUGGUGACGCCAUUGCGGCAGUAGCACUGGUACUUGCUACUCUCACGAGCUGCGUGGGGACAUUGACCAGGACUCCUUCCGGAUCCUGAAAUAAGGCCACCGUUCGUUCCCCCUCCCCCUCCCUUCACUCUCUUCCCUUGCAUUUAGCCUAACCCUCCCACGCUUGUGGAGCCGUGGGCCAUUCCCAACCAUCGUUCCGGUGGUGGCCGGUAUUGGCCGAGACCCAUGGGCAUCCAGGUCGCGGCAGUGACGCCGCCGCCGUGCUCUUCCCCCUCCUCGUCCUCUCCAGCGUCGCCUUCGUCGUCUGCCAUUGCGACGUCGCCGCGGCCUGCCGUUCUUGGUGGCGGCUGUGUCAGGCUGGCGAUAAUCCAAUCGUCGUUGGCUUGCUGGAGCGCCGGUCUUGGCCGGCGGCGCGGGGGGCAACAAGCGAUCAGGCGCGCCCUCAGCGCUAGCAUCGACAGCGUCGGGAGCGACGGCGGGGAUGAUGAGGAGUUCUUGAAGAGGAUCCAGGAGCUCGCGGUGAGGCAGCACCCGGGCGUCGGCGGCUGCGGGUGGCCCGCGAGCGUGGAGCGGAGCGCGAGCAGCGUCGGGUUGCCGCUGUCACUGCGGAUGCUCAAGCGGAGGAAGCAGCAGCAACAGCUGGAGCGGGGGCGGUGGGACGAGCGGCUGGUCGACUGCGCCGGAGAGUCCGCGCGCGCCGCGGUGGGGCGCGCGUUCUCGUCGAUGGUGCUCAUCAUCCGGGAGCUGCAGAGCUUCACGCUGCAGAUGCGGGAGGUGCUCUUCUACGAGGACCUGCAGGUCGUCCUCGCGCGCGUCCACGCCGAGAUGCAUGCCUCUUUCGUCUGGCUCUUCCAGCACAUCUUCUCCGGCACCCCGGCCCUUAUGAUCUCCCUCAUGCUGCUCCUCGCCAAUUUCACCGUCUACUCGAUGGAAGACAGCGGCGCCUCGGCCGCUACCCUCCCACCUCCCCAGCCCGCCGUGGCGGCUGUCGCAAUGGUCGACACCCAGCAACCGGAGCAGUUCCAGCGGUUCGACACCGCCGAGCUCAAGACGUUUUCCAUUGGCCGAACGGCCUCUGUGGGCGGAAACAGCGGCGGCGGCGGCAAGGUGCGGCCGGUCGCCGGUGCCACCGGGGAUGGCAAGUCAGACGAGUCGUCGUACCAACAAAGCGGAGCAGUGUUGCCUCAGGACGUGUCCCCGGCAACGCCAUUGGGCGCGGGCUCAGAGGCGCCCGUGUCCGACUCAAUGGCCGUGGAGGAGACACAGACACAAGACGAGCUGGUCAUCUGGAAAAGGAUAUCCGACGAAGCCACCAGGAUGCAGGCGAGCGUCCGGGCCGAUGAGCUUAUGGACCCAGAAAUUCUGGGGCAGCUCGUUGCGCCGGUGGAGGCGCCUGAGCUGGAGACGGAAGAGUCGGCCGAUUACGCGGCCACGGCGCAGAGAUACGAGCAGGCCGUGUCCGAGGAGCCCAACAACUCACUUCUGCUGGCCAACUUCGCGCAGUUCCUGUACCUGGUGCAGCACGACCAUGACCGGGCGGAGCAUUUUUUCAAGAGGGCGGUGCGCGCGGAGCCCGCGGACGCGGAGGCGCUGGGGUGGUACGCGACGUUCCUGUGGAAGGCGCGCAACGACCUCACGGCCGCGGAGGAGACGUACCAGGAUGCCAUCGCCGCCGACCCCAGCAACUCGCACCACGCGGCAGCCUACGCGCACUUCCUGUGGAACACGGGCGGUGAGGACACAUGUUUCCCUCUCGACUGAUGCGUGCACCGCCGCCGUCCAGCAGCAGACCAUCUAUGCUUCCCAUAAAACCGAGACAAAAACAAAUGGAAAGAUCACUCCACUCCACUCCCCCCACAAUUCCACGCUCCUCUCACUGGAUGCGCUUGGGCGGCCACCCAGCAAACUAUCCUACAAGUGAAGCUGAAGCUGAUACACUUUACAUUUACUAGAAUCGCUCGUUUGCUUAGGCUUUGUUCUCUUCUUGUGGUUGCUCAUUUUGGGCAAGUAAUGGAGCAACGGCCGGGCCAAUGGAAACCCGCUGCUUGCUGCUGCUUCCCGUUCUGGAAACCUGGCGACUGCGAGUUGAGAGAGUGUUUGGCCGGGAACAGCAGUAUCGCGCGGUUGUGCUCGAGCUCGCGGCUCCACGGGGCUUGUCGGUUGCACCGGGGGCUUGAUGAGAUGCCGCUCUGUUCAGUGGAGCAGUUGAAGUAUAUACUAAUACUAUAGCAGCAAUUUGCUUCCUGUAUUUGUGCAGAUGAAUAGUCUGUAAGAAGCUCUUCAUUUUUUUCACCGGUGGCGUUUGGAUGAGCACUUGGAAUGGGAUAGGCAUAUAGGGUGGGAUAUAUUAGGGUGUGUAUUGAAUUGGGAUAUGACAAUUCGAUGCCAUUCUCUUGUUUGGCAUUCGUUGGAAUGGAAGUGGGGUAUGAAUCUGAGGUGUGGGUGACGUACCCUCCUUGGCAAUUUUUGAAAGC